AGAAAUAAAAGAAAUAAAGAAAGAAAAUUAUGAAGAUCAGGCGAAUUUAGCACUAUUGCUUUGUAAUAACCAUCUGCAAAAAACAUCGAUUCGCAAUUGGCGUUGGAGCAUAUGUAGGAAUUCUGGAAGGAUGGCCACGCCUACCGAUAUCAGCACCUUGGAGAAAGGGUACUUUGAAGCUUGUAAGAGGCAAGGCAUUCCUCCAAAUAAGGCGAUUGUGGCAGCUUUAUUCAAGGCUAAAAUCAAGAAGGCUCGCCAUGAGAUGUCCACAUUUAUGGUUUUAAUGGAUGACUUGAAAGAUGUUGAUUUCUACCCACUUCUUUACUUGUUAAAGGAAAUUGAUGCUUCCGAGAUCGAUGCCGUUGACAUGGUAAAUAGAUCUGCAUGUGGGUUGAGUGUGGAAUAUGUCUCACCAUUGCUACAUGCUGUCAACGAAAAACUUCGAACGGUUGAUAUCCGCGACAUUUCAUUUGGGAGGGAAUUUUUGCUAGAUCUUUCUCAACGGGGCUUAGCAUGCCAGGUCCUGAAUCUGAAGUCCUCUCAUUUUCGGAAGCUAAGUAUGGUUGGGAAAUUUGUGCACAUGCAUACACUAAACCUUGAUUUCAGUACUUCACUUUCUGGUUUCCGGGAGGAUUGUUUUUCCUCUAUGCCUAACUUAAGAUUACUUUCAUUAUGUGAAACAAGAAUCACAAACCUGUGGACAACUAGUGCAGCUUUAUCCAAGCUCCCCUCUUUAGAUGAACUCCGAUUUCAAAAUUGUUCGCAUAGUAAUGAUGCAGGGUGCCCUUCUGCAUCAUCUGUGAAUGAAGGCAUCGUUCCAGGUCGUACUGACCUUGGUCUUUACAUAGAACUACCUUCUCCCAGUGAUGAUGCUCUUCCAAAUUUACAGCUAAAUAUUGAUGAUGAAGAUUUGGAUGAUUAUGACAUGGAUGCCAGAAGCACAAAUACUGAUUCUUCAGAUGACAGCGAAGUAGAUUUUUCGGGUCACCAUCGGGACUUUGGCUCAACAGAACUCUAUCCAAACAUUCCUCUUUCUUGGAGUGAGCUGGCUGAUUUUGAGAAUGAGCAGAUCUCUUUUGGCUCAUUGGACACGCAUGAUGAGGACUCAUUUUCUGGGGGCUCAUUCAACUCGAGUAUCAGGAAUUCUGUUGCCUCCAAAAAGUACAUCUCUCGUAAUCCAUCUCCAUUAUGCUAUGAGAAACAUUACAGAGAAUACAUGAUAGCUUCAUUGCCAAACCUUAAAGUUCUUGAUAAUUUGCCAAUUGGGAGUGAUGAAAGGGGAAGAGCCAAUGACAUCUUCACACAUCACUUUGAAUACCUUCCGUACAACAGACGUAGUAAAGACAAUGUGGUUAGCAUAUUGCAGAAGCGUGAGAUCAGAGCAAACCCAUCUUCUAUUCCUGCCUCGAGGAAGAAUUUCUCUUCAUCAUCAACAAAAUCUCAAUAUUUCUAUUCUAGAUCACUUUCUGUUGCCAAAAUGGGAUCAUGGCCUACCUUACAUCCUCUUUCUAUUGUGGGUGGAUUAUCAAGAGAUGAAAGACGGAGUUUUCGACCAAGACAGUUUGAGUAUCAUCCAACAGACUCAAGACUUAUGGUUUUUGGAACAUUAGAUGGUGAAGUUGUUGUAAUAAACCAUGAGAGUGAGAAGAUAGUUAGCUACAUUCCAUCACUUGGAGCUAUGAAUAGUGUCCUGGGAUUAUGCUGGCUCAAGAAGUAUCCAUCUAAGCUCAUUGCUGGUUCUGACAACGGUUCACUUAGAUUAUAUGACAUACAGUAUAUGCCAACCACAAGCAGAGCAAUGUCUCAGAGUCGGGGUAAUGUCAUCUUUGAUGAGUUUGACCAGUUGACAUCUGUUCAUGUCAACUCAACGGACGAACUAUUUCUUGCAAGUGGAUACUCAAAAAAUGUUGCUUUAUAUGAUAUUAGUAGUGGAAAACGUUUGCAAGAUUUUGCUGAUAUGCAUCAGGAGCAUAUUAAUGUUGUCAAGUUUUCAAAUCAUUCUCCAUCUCUUUUUGCCACAUCAUCUUUUGAUCAGAAUGUUAAGAUGUGGGAUAUAAGACAAAAGCCAAAUCAGCCUUGUUACACUGCUUCAAGCUCCCGAGGAAAUGUGAUGGUCUGUUUUUCCCCUGAUGAUCAUUAUCUUCUCGUUUCAGCAGUUGACAAUGAGGUUAGACAAUUACUGGCUGUUGAUGGACGGGUUCAUCUGAAUUUUGGUAUUGCUUCUACCGGAAGUUCUCAGAAUUAUACUCGGUCGUACUACAUGAAUGGAAGAGAUUACGUAAUUAGUGGAAGUUGUGAUGAACAUGUUGUCCGUGUUUGUUGCGCCAACACAGGGAGGCGACUCAGGGAUGUAUCAUUGGAGGGUAAAGGUGCAGGCUCGUCGAUGUUUGUCCAAUCGCUGAGGGGUGAUCCUUUCAGGGAUUUUAGCAUGAGCGUCUUGGCUGCUUAUAUACGACCAAGCUCAAAUUCAGAAAUUGUGAAGGUUAAUCUUCUAGAAUCAGGAGAAAACGACAAAUUGAAUUCGUACAAGCAACAAUCUCACUCGGUUACUGGGAUGGGAGGUUGAUAUGUUCACUUAUAGUAGUCCUACUCUUAACCUUAAUCUGUAGUCGGUAUUGCCUCAUUGAUGUUGAGGUUUCAUACUUCAUAUUCUGCCCAGGAGUUUAUGCUGUAAAUAUUUAUGCUGUAAAAUCGUUUUACUAUUAACAUAUAGCUGGUACUAUCUGUGUCCAAUAGGUAAACUCA